UCAACGGAAUGACGGUAGGCAAUCUUCAAAAGUAAUUCCAAAUAUAAAUAGUAUAUUUACUAAUUUAAUUCUAUUGUUUUUCCCGUUAUAGUUGAAGUUUCAUUAUUAUAUUAAUUACUUUCAAUGAAUACAUUUGUUGAAUUUAUAUUUGAAACAGAAAAUAUGACGCAGAAUAUAAAAUGAAGCCAUCACCUGAGGUCUGUUGUAUUAUAUGCCAAUUAGUUUUUUGCUGUUCCAAAUGUCGAUGGAAUCACGAGAAAAUCGCACAUAACCUUUUAUUUGAUUGCUCAAUUUGCCGUGGUAGUAGAUUUCUUUGCAAACCAAACGAAUUAGAAGAAUUUUUUUUGUGUCAUUUAUGUAAAGAACAUUUACCCCUACAGUGUAAAAAGUGUAAUAAGAUUUUUAAUAAAAUGGAAGACUUCUUAAACAUAGAUGAAUGUAUCACUAUUUCAGAACUACUGAAUUUAGAACAAAAUGUCAGUAAAUAUCAAUCAUCAUUUGAUGUUGAUAAGAAAUUUGAUUCAUUAUAUGAGAAAACAAGAAACAACAAUGAAUGUGAUAAUUUUGAAGGUAUAAUAUCACUAAAUAAAUCCAGCAAAACUGCUGUAAUAACACCCAUCAUUAGAAAAAAACAUCUAGUUGAUUACGAAUGUAGUGAAAGUGAAUCUGAAGAUCCUAAAAAUGAGAGUGAAGGAACACCUUAUCCUAAAUUAGUACCUAAAACUCCUAGACUGAAACGGCAAAGAGCGGCUACGCCUCAUACAAAAAAAGUUCUUACUUUAUUAAGACAAAACGUUGUAGAAGAAUAUGAUGAAACUAGUGAAAAUGUUGAUUAUAAUGGCUCCGCUUCAACAAAUAAAACUACGCCAUCAAGAAAUGAAAACAUUGAUAUUAUUUCAGAGCCUCAAAAAGAAAUGACUACACCAACUUCUCACUUGCAACCUAAUAUUUUGAAAUUAGUACAAACAGUUACUACAAGUACCCCGACACAUCCUGUUUCUAAUGGAUGGUCCAUAUUUCCUGAACAAGGCGCUGAUUCUCCACUCUCUGAAAUUGAGACUGCUGACAGUCCAGCCCAAAGUAUUACUAACGAGCCAUCAAAGACAGAAACAGAUAGUGUGCCUCCGAAAUUAAAGAGUAUUAUUGUCACUGGUAGUCGAAUACGUAUUGGGAGUCAAGAUAGCUCAGAAAAGCAUGUUACGUUCCAAGAAUCUACAAAUAAUACAGAAAUAUCUUCUGCGAAAACAAAAAAAGUACAAUUUGCUGAAGAUACAGUUUUUGAACCACAACCAAAGAUAAAUCGAGUAUAUCGAAAACCGAAGCGCAUGCUUACUCCAGGACCGCAGAAGCCUAAAUUCUGUCAUAAUCCUAGAUUUCAAGCACUUAUCAAUCGAUUUGAAAAUAAAGGGAUUACGUACGCAAGGACUCCUGUACAACCCACCAAAGAAAAACCCCUUGAAAGUACACCACCGGUCGGAGAUCAUACGAACAUGUUAGCACGCGCUAUAAAUUUUAAAGAAGAUAGUCCCGUGGUUGAUCAAGAUAAUUUAUCAAAGGAAUCAAAUGAAUUAUUUAAAACUUGUCACGAUUCACCCGUACAAACCAAUAUCAAUAAUGCUAUAACAACACUCACGGCCAAUAUUGCAUGUACUCUGCAAAACUGUCUCACUACCGCUUUGAAGACUAAUGAAGAUGAAACAGAGAUACAAUUUAAAUUUGUUAUUACAAAGAAAAAAGUUAGCGUUAAAAGAAUCGUUGAUGAUGUUGAUGGAGUUGUUGAAAGAUCGAGUGAAAUUGAAAGAAAUUCAAGCCCGAAUAAAGAAAAUAUCUGGUCAACUGUGGCAAAAGCAGUGAAGAAUGUUUUCUGGGGAGACCAAGGCUCCAAUUUAGCUGUAACAACACCGCACAUGUCAUGCGUAAGCAAUACGUCGUCAUCAUCGUCGACGUCAAAACGCAAAUGUGACGAGAUGUCCGACCCUGAACAGAGUCCACUGAAUCACAAGCGUCACAAAUAUGAUGGCAAGAUCCGAUGUAGACCGCCACUCAGACGGAGUAAGACCUGGGGUGUAUCUACUUUAAGGAGUUCACAAUCGGCAGAACAACAUAGUUUACUCAAAGAGAUUUCUACGUGCAACGAUGAUGUUAUGAAUCAAAGUUUCUAAAAAAAUCUUCAAGUUUGUUUUAAAAUACCUUAUUUAUUUUAUUUUAACUGUUUUAGAGUCUACAUCUUAAUUGUAUUGAACAAAAAAUAAAAUAUUGUAAAAGAUAA